CCCCACCUUCGAGUGCGCCCGGGCGCUGCGGCAGCUGGGGCCGCACCUCGAGCCGGGGCCGCCGGCGGGUCUGCAGCCAUGUCGGGCCGCUCGGUGCCACAUGCCCACCCGGCCACCGCCGAGUACGAGUUUGCCAACCCGAGCCGCCUGGGCGAGCAGCGCUUCGGGGAAGGCCUCCUGCCAGAAGAGAUCCUGACCCCCACCCUCUACCAUGGCUACUAUGUCCGGCCCCGGGCCGCCCAAGCUGGGGAGGGCAGCAGGGCAGGGGCCUCUGAGCUUCGGCUCAGUGAGGGCAAGUUCCAGGCGUUUCUGGAUGUGAGCCACUUUACCCCCGAUGAGGUAACCGUGAGGACUGUGGACAACCUACUGGAGGUGUCUGCCCGACACCCCCAGCGCCUGGACCGCCAUGGCUUCGUGUCCAGAGAGUUCUGCCGAACCUACGUCCUGCCUGCUGAUGUUGACCCCUGGCGGGUCCGCGCUGCUCUCACCCAUGAUGGCAUCCUCAACCUGGAGGCGCCUCGGGGUGGCCGACAUUUGGACACAGAGGUCAAUGAGGUCUACAUCUCCCUGCUCCCUGCACCUCCUGAUCCAGAGGAAGAGGAGGCAGCCAGUGCUGAGCCCUGAGUGCCGCAGACCCAGCACCCUUUCUAGCUCCCGCGGUGGUAGGACUGGCUGCUCACCACCCCAGAGGCAGCAGCAUCCUUGGGGGAAGGGAAAAGCGCAUGGUCACAAUGUAUGGUUUGGUCCCUUGGGACGUGUCAUAGUGUUUUCAUUUAGUUUUGGGUGGAGCUGAAUAAACCCAAAUCUCAGGGC